CUGGCCGGCAGGAAGUAGGGCGGUGGCUAGACGCAUGCGCAGACUCAGUCCCCGCCGCGGCAGGGAGCUGAGGAUUCUGGGUUUUCUGACAGAAGCCCCGCCCCCUAUCUCCUGCCUGGCGCUGGUCGAGCUGCGGUCGCUUCCGACCGAGCCGCGUUCUCCUUCCGGGUCAGCCGCUACCGCUGUUUUAAGUGCCGCCGCUGUGGCCGGGGAAUUGGGCCUGUGUCUCGGCCGCCGUCCGAGGGGAGCGGGCUCCUCUCGGCGCCGUCUUUUGCGACCUGGCCGUCCGCCCCACGUCGCCGGCCUGGAGGGGCGAAGAAGACGAGGAGGCCAAGGCUUCCUCUGGGGGUGGGAAAGAUGGUGUCCUUGGCAUUGCCGUGGGUACCACCCAGGUUCAAGCCUGACCCUCUCCACACUGAGGGAAGCUUCGGCACUGUGGGUCUUUGUCUCUUUGAGCGAUAGACUUGGUCAGGUGGUAAAGCAGCUGAAAGACGACAUGGUUUAUAGUAAUUUGGGGAGUGGGGGUGUAGCAGGAAGCACUGUUUCUUUCUCUUAAGUAAAUCUGGAAGCUGGAAGUAGUUCACCUGGUAGAGCGCAUGCCAUUCGAGAGGAUCUGGGUUUGAACCCUGGCACCACAGUGGAGCACCAUGAACCGUAGGACAUUGGCUCUCUAGAUUAUCAAGAGUUGGCAGUUGACAUUGAGUCCAAGCUGAGGAUGGAAGGCGUGGAACUUAAAGAAGAGUGGCAAGAUGAAGAUUUUCCAAUACCUUUACCAGAAGAUGAUAGUAUUGAAGCAGACAUAUUACCUGUAACUGGACCUGAGAACCAACCUGCCACACUAGAAGUUAAUGGAAAUAAAGUAAGAAAGAAACUGAUGGCUCCUGACAUUAGCCUGACCCUGGACCCCAGUGAUAUCUCUGUGUUGUCAGAUGAGUUGGAUGAAAGUGGGGAGAUUGACUUAGAUGACUUGGACACACCAUCAGAGAACAGUAAUGAAUUUGAAUGGGAAGAUGAUCUGCCAAAGCCCAAAACUACUGAAGUUAUAAGGAAAGGUUCGAUGACUGAGUGCACAGCCUCGGAGGAGGAAGAAGGACGACGCUGGCGCAUGUUCCGCAUUGGGGAGCAGGACCACAGGGUUGACAUGAAGGCCAUCGAGCCCUAUAAGAGAGUCAUUAGCCAUGGAGGAUACUAUGGGGAUGGAUUAAAUGCCAUUGUUGUGUUUGCUGUCUGUUUUAUGCCUGAAAGUGGUCAGCCUAACUAUAGAUACUUGAUGGACAAUCUCUUUAAGUAUGUUAUCGGCACUUUGGAGCUCUUAGUAGCAGAAAAUUACAUGAUAGUUUAUCUAAAUGGUGCGACAACUCGAAGAAAAAUGCCCAGUCUGGGAUGGCUCAGGAAAUGCUAUCAGCAAAUCGAUAGAAGGUUACGAAAAAACCUAAAAUCUCUCAUCAUUGUACAUCCCUCCUGGUUUAUCAGAACUCUCCUGGCUGUUACAAGACCAUUCAUUAGCUCAAAAUUCAGCCAAAAAAUUAGAUACGUCUUUAAUUUGGCAGAACUAGCAGAACUUGUACCCAUGGAAUACGUUGGCAUACCAGAAUGCAUAAAACAGUAUGAAGAAGAAAAGUUAAAAAAGAAACAAAAAAGAGUUGAUCAAGAGCUUAAUGGGAAACAAGAUGAACCGAAAAGUGAACAGUAAGUUUGACAUCUCGUCCAACCAAGACUGAAGAAUGUGGUGAUGAAGCAAUAAAUACUUCCUUCUCUGCAUUCAUGAUGCAUUUGUUGACCCUGACGUUUAUGUAAAUUGUUACAGAAUUGACUUUUUCAUAAUGGACUUUUGUAUAAAGGACUGUUCACUGCUGUAUUUGUUUAAAAACCUCCUAAAGUUAGCUUUUUACUAGCUAAGUCUAUUGUAAUCAUUUUAUAUAUUUUAUACUGCUAAAUAGCAGAGAACCACACUUUAUAUAAAGAUGUUUUUGCAUUUGUUUAUUGAAUGAUGCAUCUUCUUUAGUAAAAUAUUUAUAUGCCUAAAUGGUAAAGGAAAGAGAUAAUAUAUAUUUUUAUGUCUUUUGAGCAAUAUUUUUAAUGUAUACCUGUCUUGGGGAAGAGUGUACAGGUAAAGAUCAUGAUUUUGUACUGUGCAUGUUAAAAUUGUUUUUGUAAAUGGUUAAAAUACAUUUCCUGGGUAACUUAAAAAAUAAAUAAUAAUGUUGCUUAUAAGGUGAGAGACAGUUAAACUGGUUCUCAUAAAUUCCCAAAGGUCACUAUAUAAUCUAAAUAGUUUAGUAAUAAUCAUAAGCUUUUUCCCUCUCUCCAUAUAUAGUGUUUCUUAACACAAAUACAAGUGCACUGCACACUUUUUCCUUAUUAAACUUUAAGACCAGUCAGAAAGCCAUCUGUAAAACUAGAGGACUUAAAAGAAUUAGGGGCUUGUACAUAUGUAUAUAUGGGACGUUUCGUCUUCUGGCCAAAAGUCAGAACAUUCUGAAACUUGCAAGGUUUUGUUCCUUAAUGUGAAGUCAGUUGUGUGUCCAGGGUAUCACUCGCCAGGGUGCGUGAGUGUAGUGUAGUAUUCUAAGAAUGUGAUGAGUUAUUCACAUCACCACUUUCUUUUCUGAAGAAAACAGGCUGCUUUCUUAUUAUUAUUUUUUAAUAUAUACCUGCUCUCAGCAUGGGCACUUUACCAAAAUACUUCCACAGCAAUUGCCUGAAGUUGGAUGGCCUAGUCAGAUAGAGUGUUGAUUGUGGUGAUAGUACUGUACAUUAAGCUGCUUCUGUACAUCUGGGAGCAUCACUGUAUUGCUGGUUACGCAUUUGACGUUGGCGUAGACUUGUUUACUGUGUUAAGUACUUGAUAUUAAAAUAUAUUGUCCUAAUGUUACCAAACAGAACUAAUGACCAACACAACCACACAAAGACAACAGAUUGGUCUUAUAUUGUCUCAUACCUUUGGCAGACUUGUUACCAUCCUAAUCUAAAAGUUAAUACCAUGCCCCAGGCCUUCCUACAAGGUAAUGGGAAAAAGUGGCCUAGAGUAGAAAAAUUAAAGUCACUAUAGAAUUCUCUUUCACUUUUUGUCCUCUCAGUCAUGAACUUGGCAUACUAAUCUGAGUCCAGGUGUGGGCCAUGCUGGAAGGUUGGGUAAGAGAUUCCUUUGUUAGUCUCCUGACUAGGAUCUAGGAUUUGUAGGCAGAUCUUGAACAGAUGUCAUGACAGUAAAUUAAGUCAAAGCCAUUACCAUUCAGUCAAAUCUUAGAAAUAUUCUGUGUCAUAAAAACAAAACUAGCAGUUGUGCGUAACUGAAUUCACCACAUGGAGAUUAUAUGAAUAAAGCAUCUUAAUAAAUUUGA